AUGCUGCCAUCCUCGCGAAGGGAGGAGGAGCUGUACGACAGGGAGGCGGUGCUGGGGCGCGACGCGUCGAGCGUGUUCCCCCGGGAGGCGGCGCAGCAGACCGACGCCAACCGCGACGCCAUGGUGGAGGCCCUCGGCGCGCGCAAGUUCAUAUCCGAGUCCGAGCUGGCCACUAUCAAGUCUUCGCGCGGCGGCACGGUGGACGACGGCAGCGUGGCGGCGGACAAGCCUCUGGCGGUGAUCCUCGCGGAGCGCAAGGCGGAAAAGGACGCCGCCUUCCAGGAGCAGUGGAAGCAGAUGAAGACGGGCAAAAACCGGCCGCUCGACCCCGAAGAGGCUGACUUCUUCUCCGGCCUGCGCCAGCUGCAGGCCGAGCAGGAGGCCAAGGCGCGCCAGGAGGAGCGGUCAGAGCUCGAGGCCUUCAGGGAGGCAGUGCGCGCCGCGGCCGAGUCAGCGGGCCGGGCCGGGGGCGCCGAGGGCGCGGCGGCGGCGGCGGAGGCGGCGGGGGCGGGAGCGGAUCCGCUGGCGCGGAGGCGGUCGGGGGAGGCGGCGGGCCCGCAGCAGCAGCAGCAGCAGCAACACCAGCAGCAGCAGCCCACGGCUGCGCCCAUCAAGAAGCAGCCAUUGGUAAAGGCGGUGAUCAAAGUGAUACCAAAGAGCAAGCGGCCGCCAGCGACCGCGAGCACCAGCGGGAAUGGCGGUGCGGCAGCCGGCAAUGGUGCAGGUAUCAGCGGCGCUGCACAGCAGCAAGCAGCACGACAGGGAGAUGGAGGCGAUGGCGAUGCGCUGGCGGCGCCUGAGGCCAAGCGGCGGAAGGCUGAGGAGCAGCCGGCAGGGUCCGAGGCGAGCGGCGGCGCUGACUCGGGGGGCGGACUAGCUGGCCUGCUGGGCGGCUAUGGCAGCGGCUCUGACGACGAUUCGGGGGCCAGCUGA